AUGAAAGAUAUGGAUAUAUCACAUUGCUGGAGCAUUGCAGCGCCCUACUACUUCAAUCAUUUUGGAGAUGCAACUUCAAAGUCUCCUCUUGGUGUGUUCAAGAACUAUCACUUGAAAAUAGGAGAAUGCAUCAUCCAAACUGAUCUUACUGUCAUGGAGAUGGAAGAAGAGAAGGAUCUACCUCUGCUAUUGGGAACCCCAUUCCUUAGCACAGUUGGCGCUUCAAUAGACUUUCACAAGCAAGAAGUGAUUCUUCACAAGGUGAAUAGUUUGGUGUCUAUCGCUUGCAGCCUAGAGGUUGAGAAGGACAAAGAGUUGAAAGGAACAAGGAUUGAGAAGCCACGCCUUGAGAGGGCUAGAGUUGAGAGACCACGUUCUGAGAGACCACGAGCUGAUAGGCUUGUUCAAGCACCUUGUGUGCUUGAUGAAGGAAAGCCUCCAAGCUUUGUUUGA